GUACUGCAUGCCCAGCUAUGCUCGCAAUUGCACGGUGCCCAGAAACCUGCUGCUUAUGUCAGGGUGCAGCCAGCCUGAACACCUAGAAAUUGGGUAGCUCAAGUAAUUUUUUUUAUUAUUAUUAUUUUUUUUUUAUAUUUUUUUUGCCUCUUUCUUCCCAGCAAAGGUUAUAUAAUGAGGGGAUUGCUGCUAAAGUAAAAAGGGAAAAUGAAGUCUUUGUUAAAUGCCUUCACAAAGAAAGAAGUGCCCUUUAGGGAGGCUCCCACCUAUUCCAACAGAAGGCGGAGACCCCCGAGCACCUUGGCAGCCCCUCGGAUACUGCUGCGCUCCAACAGCGACAACAACCUCAACAUCAACAACCUCCCUGAGUGGUCAGCGUCCUCCUCUGCCUCUUCACACCGCAGCCUUUCACCUCAUCUGCUUCAACAGAUGCAGAAUAAUCCCAAUGGAACUGUAAAAACCGUAGGGAGUUACACUCCGUCCUCGCGGAGCCGCUCGCCGUCCCUGAACAGGCUGGGAGACGAUGCCAAGCGGCAGCAGCACAGGCACAUCAGUGCCAUUUACAGUCCUAGUGCCAACAAGGAUACACUGUCUGCCUUGGAUUAUCAGGGUCCCAAACGGAAGCUUUACAGUGCUGUACCUGGAAGACUUUUUAUUGUAGUAAAGCCAUAUCAACCUCAAGGGGAAGGGGAAAUUCACCUGCACAAAGGAGACAGAGUCAAAGUUCUGAGCAUUGGAGAAGGUGGAUUCUGGGAAGGCAGCACCCGGGGACACAUUGGCUGGUUUCCUGCAGAAUGUGUUGAAGAAGUUCAGUGCAAACCCAGCGAAAGCAAAGCAGAAACACGAACAGAUAGAACAAAGAAGCUGUUUAGACACUACACAGUUGGAUCCUAUGACAGCUUUGAUGCUUCAAGAUGGACAAAUGCUGGAGGGGGGGAUAGGCUUUGUUGCAAAGACAACAUUGAGAGGAGGUAA